CGGCUCGCGGACGGUGGCCGGCAGGCCCCGCCGCCGCCGGCGCGCAGGGCGAUGCAGUUGCCGCCCGCGCUGCACGCCCGCCUGGCGGGGGCCCCUGGGGCGGCCGCGCCGCUGCCCGUGCAGCGGGACUCCCUGGCCGGGAACGCGCCCUUCCGCUUCGCGGCGCGCCAGGUGCGCUUCCCGCGGGAACACGAGUUCUUCGAGGACGGAGACGUGCAGAGGCACCUUUACCUCCAGGAUGUGAUUACGCAGGUGGCUGCGGAGCCGGAGAGGCCCAGGCAUUUUUCUGCCAGGGUGCCUGAGUUCACCUGUCAGGUGGCCGGCUGCUGCCAGGCAUUUGAUACUCUGGAGGACUAUGAGCAUCACUACCACACUCUGCACGGAAACGUCUGCUCCUCCUGCAAGCGGGCCUUCCCCUCCAGUCACCUGCUGGACACCCACAUCCAGGAGUGGCACGACUCGCUGUUCCAGAUCCUGGCCGAACGGCAGGACAUGUACCAGUGCCUGGUGGAGGGCUGCGCGGAGAAGUUCAGGACCAGCAGAGACCGGAAGGAGCACCUGGUAACUCAUCACCUCUACCCUGCAGAUUUCCGCUUUGAUAAACCGAGGAAGGGCAGAUGCCCAGCCUCGCAGGUGUCGACAGAAGCCAUGGGGGAGGACCGGGCACCCUCUGAAGGAGACGCCAUGGAAGUCUGCUCUGAACAGGCAGAGGCCCACCCAGAACCUCCAAGAGAGAGGCGGGUCUACAGCCACAGGAUACCGUCGACCAUCUGUUUCGGGCAGGGUGCCUCUCGAGGAUUUAAAAGCACCAAGAAGAGAAGCAAGCGCCCGUGAUGGUGGAGCCCGGCCCGCGCGGCCCUGCUCCUCCCGGGCCGUGAAUAGCCAGCUGACCGAGGCCGUGGGGGAUGCGCGGGUUCUGGGAAGGGACCCCUUGUGGGUGACCGGGGUGCGGAGAGCAGCGCCACCCCGCACAACGCCCUUUGGAGACACGUGGGGUAAACGGUUUUCCUUGAGUGCUGUAAAUAGUUUGAGACGCGUGGAGUAAAGGGCCUUCAUUUACAUUGA